UGUGAUUGUCCUUUCAGUUUUCUCACACAGCAAUAAAGUCAUGGAAGAACUGAUUGAUAAUGUGUUGGGAGUGAGAAUAGCACCUUGCCUUGUGCAUUUCAUGGAUGUGUCAGUUGGGACGACCUACCAAGCCAAAAUAACAGUACAGAAUAUCAGUCAUGUAGCCAAAACGAUCAAGAUUAAUGGACCACAAAACACACAGUUCACACUUUCUGUGCAAAAUCCAGAAAGACCAAUAGCUCCUGGACUUCAAAUAACGGCAACUGUUGAAUAUAAGCCAUCUAAAAAGGAAGACAUUAGUGACAAGUUACUUGUUGUGGUCGAUGGAGAUGUCAUCAAUGUGCCACUAUUAGGGUUUACACCAUCCUGUUAUUUAGAAAUCGAUCCUGAAGUAAAUUUUGGGAAUAUGAUUGCAAACAGCAAAGUAAUAUAUAAGGAGAUUGGCAUUACGAAUCAUGGUUCAUCUUCAGGUACUUUCAAAAUAAAGUACAAUGGAACCAUUCCUAUUAUUAUAACCCCAACCAGUGGUACUGUGGAGCCAAAAACAACGCAUUUAAUAAAGCUGGAACUUUGUGCAGAUGUUCCUGUUGUCAUUGAAGAAAAAGCUAAGGUUAAACUUCAAGGUCGUGAAGAAACGUCUUUGCUAAUUAAAGGGAAUAUUGUCAGACAAUCUCUUGAGUUACUAGACCUGUCUGGCAAAUCUUUAAAGUGUGUUCACUUUGGAGCUGUCUAUUUCGGAACAUCAAAGAUCCAGAAAACAGUGAUAUACAACAAUAGUCCCGGGGAAAUAAGCUGGGUGUCUGUCCUGGAUGAUAAUGCAGUUGGAGUUGAAAUGGGCACUGAUAUUGGGAAGAGUACAGAAGCUGCUUUACAAGAUAUCAAUUAUAGAAAAAGGACAAGUGAAACCGAUGUUUCAGCUGUACUUUCAUGCUUCCCCAAUCAAGGGGUCCUCUUACCUUUCCAGAAAACCACAGUCACCCUUUGUUUUAAUCCUGAGCAAAAUGAAGACAUUGAUUCAAAUGAACUUCCAUCCCAGCAGGCCUAUGCACUCUUCAUGAGGUUUGAAAUAGUAGGAAGCAAAGAAGGAUUCCUUCAGUCACAUGCAGACAUAAAAAUGAAUAAUAAAGGACAAAAUAAUCGCUAUGUGGAACUGGCUGCCACUGGCUCUGCUUUCCCGGUCACAUUAACAUUCAGUCCAGGGACAACAUACAAUUUUAAGGAAUGCUUGAUUGGUGAAAGGAUCGAUAUUCUCUGUUCGCUAAAAAACGAGUCUCAAUUCCUCCCUGUGGUGUUCAGCUUUCGCAAGAUAUCCCAUUUUCAUAUCUCUCCGGCUAAUGGAAAGAUAGAGCCGGGACAUUCACAGGAUGUGAUGUUUUCGUUUGUUCCACAUCAAGUAGGAACUUUUAAAGUAAAACAAGUGAUGGAUAUUUUGGGUCCUACAUCAGAUGAUAAUUUGUCUCCUUUAAAAACAAAAGUCUUUCACCAAAAAAAGCUCACUUUCUUAGCAACCUGCAAACCAUCAACUAACAAAAUUGUCAUGAAAGUCAACCCGGGAAUUACUCCUUUGAUUACUAACCCUGUUGGACAGUUCGUGCAAGCAGCACCCCAAGAAUCUACAAUGGUAACAGAAUCCUCACGCAUGGCCACUUUGAAUGCAGCUAAAACACACAUACAUGAUCACCAGAAAAUAAGUGAUGUUUACAAAGACGUGCAAGUGGCAUUUCCAAAUGAUCGAGCAGCAAGCAUAAGACCUAGUGACCGCAAAGCACAAUACAGGACUAUUUUUACCAAAAUGGAAAGAUAUAACUACGUAGAUCCUGAUUAUGCAUACACAGAAGAAGAAGAAACAAUAAAGCAAACCCAUAAGGACUAUUAUACCAAUUAUAUAAAAGACAGGAGGGAGCUACGCCUUAAAGAGAAGAAAGACAGAGAGUUUCAAGAAACAAACAAUGAUAUAGAAAUUGGGAUUACACCAGCAGCAGGUCUACAGCCACCCACUUACUCAACUGCUGAAUGUUUUAAAGAGCAGAAAAAGCCAAAAACUGCUCCUGUCUCCAAAGGUCGCUUGUUGACAACUCGUCAGCUGGCAUCUGCAAUAUCUAGAUCUGUGACCAAAGAAAUUAAUGAGGGGCUUAAUGCAAUGCCAUGCACCGUAUCUGAGAAGGAAGACUGCAGCUUGGAACUGACACCUCAGCAACUUCAUCAAGUAGUUGUAGGUCCUUCCACAAUAGAUUUUGGUGAAGUCUGUGUACGAUCCACGUCUAUUAAAGAACUGAACAUCAUAAAUAGUCUUCCCAUGUACAUCUGGGUUCAGGUGGAGAUAGACUGUGAUGAGCUGCAGCAAACUAGCCCCCUUUCUCAUGUUGUACCACCUAUGUCAAAGACUGACAUUCCUGUUGUCUUUGAAACAAACUCACUAGGGAAAUUUAAGAAGUCAAUUACCUACACUGUAAACAGCAAAUAUGCUGGUCACAUCCUUGUAACAGCAAAAACAGUUCCUGUUGCCCUUGAGCUGUCAUCUCACGAGCUGAUUCUGAAACCGAACAAUGACUUUUUAGCUGAGGCAGGAUUUAGAUCGUCCAUAAGAUUAUACAAUCGCAGAAAUCACCCAGCUGAAUUUAGCUGGAAGCCAAUCAUAACUGAAAAGGGAAUAGCUUUUUCAAUACGCCCAGCAAGAGGCAUUGUUGAUGCCUAUGAAGAUCUAGAAUGUGAAGUCGUAUGGCAUCCAGGAUUCAGCUCUCCUGAGAUAGGAGAAUUCAAUCUCAGUGUACAGCAGAGGAAUUCAGCAAAACUAAGAUGCAUUGCAGAGCUUGGAUCCACAAGUGUCCAGUUUACUGAACAGAGAGUGCUCUUUCAUCAUGCCCCACUUGGCCUAACAACCUACAAAACAGCCAUUAUUCAGAACACAGGAAUGAGUCAUGCAUAUUUUCAGGUAGUAGAUAUAACUCUACUGUCUGGUAUGACAAUUACACCAUCACAGGGUGUGGUGCCAGUGGGAGGAUAUGCGACUCUUAAGAUCUUCUUUACACCAAGAGCAGUUAUGAAGUUUGACACUAGAAUUGAGGUGUCAGUGCGGAAUACAAAGACUUUAGAAUUAAGAAUUGGAGGAUCAGUUGUGCCACAUGAAGUAAAUAUUUCUGUUAGCUCAUUCCUUUUCCCUGGUGUAUAUGUAAAUUCUACCCAGGCUAUACCAUUUUUGCUUCAGAAUAAAGGAGCAGCACAUGCAAAAGUAGAAUUUGAUCUUUCUCAGUAUGAGGAUUUUUCACUGUCAUUCAAAGAGGAUUCAGCUGUUGAGAUUAGUCCAUUGUACCCCUAUCUUUAUACUGUGGAUUUAGAAGAGAAGGAGACUCUAGAAUGUGCUCUUCAUUUUAAUCCUAAAGAGGUGGCAGCGUAUGACUUCCAGCUUCCCAUAAACAUAAACUACACUGGUGGAGUAAGUGAUGCUGACAGCUCUGCUUCUGUAACUCCAACCCAUUCAGAAAAGCAUAUUGUUGUUCCCAGGCCUCAAAUGGUGGAUGUCAUCACUCCAGCAUGUAAAGUCAAUGCUACGGUGUUACGGACAAUGCUCCAGUUCUCCACUACGAGUAUUUCAUUUGAAUUACCAUCUGAAGUGUUUCAUUUGGGCAUUGCAGAUGACUCUUUAUACUCACAGGCACUUCAGCUAAGCAACGUUUCAAAGCAAAUGCUGACAUGGAGAUUGAACCUUGAUCAGAAUGUGGAACCGAUUAAGAAUGGAAUUUUUAGGUUCAGCAAACGAUUUGGUGUACUGGAGUCAGGACAAUGUGCAAGUAUCAAUGUUAACUUUUGUCCAGUUGGACCAGGGAAUUAUACUGCUGAAAUACCUGUGAUUCUGAAUGACAAUCCAGACAGUAUUUACACUCCUCUCUUGUUGUUUGGAACUUCUAGAAAACCAAAGUUAACUUUUGACCCACCACUUGUCAUACUUACUCCAGUGCCCUUGGACACAGAAGUUCAAGCAAUCAUUGAAAUAUCACCAACGGAUUAUUACAGGAAAUCUUCAAUAAAUGUGGAAAUUCCAGAGGUAGAACUUGAUAAUGGUGAAAGGGUAGACGUGUUUUCAGUCUACUUUCCCAAUGGACAGAUUAUUAAAGAUUCCAGCCAACCAAGUGAAAAGCUUAUCUGUUGGAUCUCCUUCAAAUCUUCUAGCCCACUGUGUUGCUUGGUUGAUCUAGUAUUCACUGAUGAAGAAAACAACAAGUUUCCUCUUCAGGUUGCUGCUGUGGCUGAAAACUGCAUACUAACGGUGUAUCCUUAUUUAGCCUGUCAUCGGACCGAUCAGCAGGUCAUCCUAAGAAGUGGCCAUAAUGGAAAUGGAAAAAAUGGCAGCACUAGUGAAGCUGUUCUGCGUCCUUGCUACAUUCCAGGAACGCCUUCUCAGAGUACAUCCUCCAGCUCCCUUGGUGCUGUUACAAGCUCCACUUAUGAAGAAUCAGUCACAGAUGAUGAAAAUGUGUUGGGUAAUGAAAGAACUGAAAAUGGAGAGGCAGAGAUUCAAUAUCAGAGAACAAAGGACAAACUGGAACUUUUGUUUUAUCCAGAAGAAGAUACAGAAGAAUGGAUCUUUUUUCAAAAAGUUUUAACUACAGUUCAAACAUGGUUCAGCCUGUUUGGGUGGCCUAGUGGCUGCAAUCCUAUGACAAUACCAGAUUCUUUGUGGAGUGCUGUAUGCAAAGUCAAGCUGUCAAAGUCUGAAGGAAGGGCUCCGAAAACAAUAAACCUUGGCAAGCAGGCAAAAACAAUAUAUGACAUGCUGUUCUACCUGAGUGGACAGAUGCUACCCGGAAUUACUGCAAGCCAGUCAUUACCCACUGAUCCCACAGAAAGAGUUCUGCAGCUCCACUGGCAGCAUGCAACGCUGCUCACUUUCCUCAAAAACCAAGGGGCAUCUCUUCCUCACAUUAAACCAGAAUACCUGUUUGAACCCCUGGACUAUGAGCGAUGGAUCCAAGUACAGGAUCAGAUUCAAAAGCUGCAUACCUCAAGCAAAAAGAAUGCAGAUCCAAGUAAUAAUGUUCUGUUUCCUAUUAGCCACAGUGCAUUUCAGUCUGUGAGUAAACGUUCGUGGACAGAUGUACUGCUCCAAAUAUAUAAGGUGUUGAUCCUUUCACGUGUUGAACAGACAAAUACAGAUGAUGAGAGUGUGAUAGACUGCAUGCCAAAAAUCAGUUCUGAGCCUCUGUCAAGUAAUAUAUACUCUACAUCAGAAAUAAUUCUUCUUACUUGGCUUAAUGUUCAUUAUGAAAAGAUGAGAAAAGUGGCAUGGAAAAACUGUAAGAAAGGGGACAUACCACCCACAAGAUGGAUCAUGAACUUUGAUAAAGACCUUUUAGAUGGUCUUGUCCUUGCAGCACAGGUGGCAGCCUAUUGUCCAUAUCUUGUCUCCUCCCAUUUGGUAGACAUGUAUACCAGUCCAGAGUCUCCAGAACAAUGCCUGCACAACUGCCUGAUCCUGAUGAAUGCUCUCCGAACAAUCAAUUUAAACAUUGACAUACAGGCUACUGACAUAUGUGACCCAAAUCCAGUAAUGAUGCUAAUGCUGUGUGUGUACCUGCAUGAAAAACUGCCACUUUAUGUGCCUAAAAAGAUGAUCACAUUUGAUGGGCCGCUUCACCAAAUUAUUUCACGCCAGGUCCGUUUGAAAAAUCCAAGCAGCAAACCACUAGUGUACAAUGCUACAGUUGUAGGUCGAGAGUCAGCUGAUUUCUCAUUGCCUAAAGGAAACACAAUAACGAUUGCUCCAAAAAGCCAAGUGGAUAUAACUGUAGACUAUCAAAGUCGUUUCUUGCACUCUGCUGAAGCCACUCUGUUAUUAGUAACAAGACCAGCCAAUGGAGCAGGUGGGACCACGGUGGCUUUCUCUCUCCAGUCAAGGCUGACUGAUUUAGUGCCCACUGUCCAGUUGAAGCAGGAAUCUCCAUGCUAUGAACUGGAAAACCUUGUUUUGUCUGUUCAAAGUCCUUACAAGGGAAAAGGGAAAUUCAGAGUGAUUUUUGUGGAAUCUACAAGCUACUUAGCCUUUCCUGAUUUCCAAGAUGAAUUUGCCAAGCUAAAGCAAGAAAAUGAUUGCAGUGACCGUAUCAUGGAGCAUGAUCGUCCUGGGGUGAUACGUAACACAAAUAAUCAAGAAUUCCAGUCCUCCCUAUUACAUCAGUUCUUUUGUCCAGCAAAUUCUAUUUUGCUAAAAGAAGGCAUUUCAACAAACUUGCAAUUAAAUUUCCUUCCAUUUGAUCUUGGUAAACGGUACUGCACAGUUAUUUUCACCAAUGGAGAGAUUGGUGACUUUGUAUAUGUGAUUGAGGGAACUGGAACACCACCAUUGCCUUCGUCACUUCUUCCUGUUGACAGUCCAAAUGUUUUUCAACCCAGUACUUCACUUUCAGGCAGCACACACUCAAAAAAAACCUACUACCUUAAAUGUAAAGAAAGCAGUGUCUUGGAAGAAAAUCUGAAGAUACCAUUAAUUAAUGAAAGAAUGGAAAAAGCUUUAGCAAUUGCAGCCCAAAUACAGAUGUCACCGCAGGAGUACAAGCGCAGAAAAGUCACUGGCACACUGGAGAGCAGCAGUGUCCGAGCUGCAAUAGCAGCAUCUCGCAGUAACAGAGAGGAAGUAAAUAUGUAUUUGCGGUCUUCUUCUUUUUCUUCCUCUAAAAAGUUCCAGUCUAAUCAGUAUGAAGUGGAAAUAAGUAUGCCUGAGCAUUUUGAGAUUCCAACACAAAUUUCCAUUCCAGUUUCUACAAAAAAUCAAACAUUUGUUAAACACACCUCAGCUGAAGGAAGUCUACAUUAUAAUGAACAAGAUAAAGAAAAUGGUGUUUCAUUCCCACUGAAAUUUGUCCCUGAAAAACCUGGCCGAUAUCCCUGCAAGAUUUUGCUUCGUUCCUUUCAUGAUGUACGAGUUUAUAUGAUCGAGUGUGUCGUCAAUCCAAGCAGCUCAGAAACAGAGUUUGAAUUUAUUACCUCAGCCGGUGAAGCACUGAUACAAGAUAUUCCAAUAAGCAAUGUGACUCAGCAAGACUGGAAAUUAAGAGCCAUUCUUCAAGGUGAUCGAUUCUAUGGGCCACCAUUCUUGUAUGUCCCAGCAGGGGAGACAGCGCAAUAUUCUUUAAUGUUUAAACCUAUUUCAAAAUGCUUCAGCACAGGCAAACUAUUGCUUCAAAAUGAAACAGAUGGUACCGAACAUAUAUUUGGCCUCAAAGGCAUUGGCCAAGAACCCCUGGCUCUUGAUCAGAUAGUGAUAAAUUGCCAAGUGAGACAAAUUACACAGAAGGUCCUUAUGGUGCCCAAUUAUACAAAUGACAGAUUGACAUUUAAGGUGGUGUCAGAUAUUCCAGUCAUUAGUGGACCUCAAACCUUAACUGUAAAGCCAGGAACAUCAUGUCCCUAUACUAUCAACAUAUCUCCAUGGAAACGUGGCUUAUUCCAAGGUGUAAUCUCAUUUGUUGCGGAAGACAGAGAACAGCAGCAAUUUCAACAUGGCAACCCACCAGCUACUGCAGAUGGUGUUGAUGCUAUUCAAAUAGUGGAAUUUCAAACUGCUGGUGUAAAGAAAACAGAUGGCAAGGCAGAUCCUUACAAAGUAUGGUUUUCAGUGCAAAUAAACAGUAUGCCUGCACCACCUGAGCAAAUCAUAGAUGUGACCUGCCCUGUGUUGAAAACAGUUGGAAUAAACAUUCCCAUUACAAACCCAACAAUGAAUGUCCUAAAUUUUCAUGUUCUGGUGGAUGGUGAUGGAGUUACUGGUGAUGACAAAUUUACUCUACAACCCAAGGAAACAUUUCCUUAUGUAGCCAAAUUUUCCCCAACCAAAACAGGGAUUUUCAAUGCAAGUGUGAUUUUCCAGUGUGACAUAUUUGGAGAAUUUUGGUAUGAAUUACAAAUGUCAUCUGAGAAGCCAGCACCAAUUAAACUUCCUGAAGUAGCAUGUGAACUUGGAAAGUGGACUCGUCUUAUUAUUCCAUUGCAUAAUCCUACGCAAGAAACCUUUGAGCUACAAACUAUAAAUACCAAUCCUGAACAUUUCUUAGUGGAAACGGAUCACAGUAAACCACUUUUAGUACCACCCAGUUCCACUACUGAAGUGCUGUUACAGUUCUGCCCAUCUGCCCUUGGGAAAGGAAAUCAUACAGCAUCCAUCAUCUUUACAAACCCACAGCUUGAAGAAUGGACAUUCCAUGUGUCUGGAGUUGGCCUCAUUCCUCAACCUAUAGAUCCAGCAAGCAUAAGUGCUAGGGUUGGCAGUUUGGCCUCCAUCAUCAUCUCCUUUAAGAAUCCCACAAAUGAACAUGUUCUCGUUGAUGUUAUCCUUACCGAUCAAGAACAGACCAUGCAUCGGCUUAGUGCAUCUAUUCUGCGCCAUUCCAUCAAUAAAGAGCCAGCUUUCUGUCUGCCCCUGAAACAGACGCAAGGAAUUCCUUUAGGUCCAAAGGAGAAGCUUGAUAUACCAGUACUAUUUGCACCUGAUACAAUGAAGCUUUAUGAGGCUUUGGUGGUUGUGAACGUGGUAAAAGCAAAUGGAAACAACUGGGAGCACAACAAUGUUGAAGAUUUAGAUACAGAACUAAAAAGCAUAUCAAAAACUGAAGAUGGAGCUAUUUCUGGUAUACGCUGGAUUUACCCAGUUCAUGGAAUUCCAGAAGCUCAGCCAUCAAAAUCAACUCCAGCGGUUGUGAGUUGCCAAGCAAGAAAUAGGACUGAAGAAAGGGUAGAAGUGUUGUUAACUGGAGUUGUUCCUGGUCAGACAGCUAUGACAGUAUCAAGUCAUGAUCUGAAAUCCACUGAGGUUGGCCAUAAACAAGAAGUUCAAGUCACUAACGGUUUCAGCACUACAGAAGAAUUUGUUUAUGAAAUUAGGUAUGAAUCUGAAGAAUCAAGAUCCCGGCUAGAACCAUCUGUGGGAAUUGAACUUGUUAGGAAAGAGCGUGAUACACCAUCUGGGAUUGUCACUUUAAUUUUCAACAUCAUUUUUGCACCCAACAAGUCAAUGAGACACUUUGCCACAUUAGUGGUACAGUGUGUCACAGGAGGGGUAUGGAAAUUCCCCAUACAGUUUGUUGCCACUGAACCAAAUGUGGAUGAUGUCAUUGAGAUUGAGGCAGCUGGUCUAAACAAAGAGUCCGUUGUUGGCUUCAGACUGUCCAGUCAGACAAGGUACCCAGAGCCAUUCAGCGCAUACUUUUUAGUAGGCAGUGACUUGGAGUUUUCCGUGUUUCCACAAUCUGGAGAAUUAUUGCCUAUUGGAACUGCUGGGACUCUAAUUACUGUUGGAUUUAAGCCUACAAUGUACAGUAAGAAACACAAAGCUACUUUAGUAAUACAGACUCAGACAAUGGAAUGGACCUAUGAGAUCAAUGGAGUUGCCCCAAAGACCACUCCACCAACAAAUGUUUCCUCCAGAAUAUGUUCCAUGGGUGUAAAGCAACCAACAUUGAAUCAAAAACGUAAUUUCUUACGUGAAAACCUUAAACUAACAACAACAGCUGUGUCGUCACCAAAUAAAGGGGCUUCGUUGAUAUUAAGAACAAAGUAAAGGAUUGGAAAUAAUGGAUGCACUUUCUUUUGUACAUUUCUUUAUGCUAACAUUUGCAGUAAUAAAUAUAUUUUGCAACUUAAA